GCCAAUCAAACUACUUCCUUUCACCCCUCCCGGUAGCGCAUAUAAAUCACAUCAAAUUGGUUAUCCUCUCCACAGCCUUCUCUUUGAAAAAGAAGCUGUAGCUACGUUUCUACCCGUAAUGUCAGGACGCGGGAAACAGGGAGGCAAAGCACGCGCAAAGGCCAAGUCGCGCUCGUCACGCGCUGGCCUUCAGUUCCCGGUGGGCCGAGUACACCGCCUGCUCCGCAAAGGCAACUAUGCCGAGCGCGUGGGUGCAGGCGCGCCUGUGUACUUGGCGGCCGUGCUCGAGUAUCUGACGGCGGAAAUCCUGGAGUUGGCGGGGAACGCGGCCCGCGACAACAAGAAGACGCGCAUCAUUCCUCGCCAUUUGCAACUGGCCGUGAGAAAUGACGAAGAGCUCAACAAGUUACUCGGAGGUGUCACCAUUGCUCAGGGCGGCGUCUUGCCAAAUAUCCAGGCUGUCUUGUUACCCAAGAAAACGGAGAGUCACAAACCUGGCAAGAAUAAAUAAUUAAGCUUUAUACCACCCCUCGUCAUCCCAAAGGCUCUUUUAAGAGCCACCAAAGUGUUAAAUGAAGGGCUGAUCACGAAAUAGCGCAUUAGCUCUUUCUUUGAAAACUUGGGUGGCUCUAAAAAGAGCCUUUGUUCUUUGGCUUACUUUGUCGCGAUCUACUUGCUUUUGGUUUUGUGACUUUCGGUUUUCUUUGGUAAUAGAACGGCCUGGAUGUUGGGCAAAACACCGCCUUGGGCGAUGGUGACUUUGCCCAACAGCUUGUUUAGCUCCUCGUCGUUACGAAUAGCCAGCUGGAGGUGACGGGGGAUGAUGCGCGUCUUCUUGUUGUCCCGGGCCGCGUUGCCCGCCAGCUCUAGGAUCUCCGCUGUCAGGUACUCGAGCACCGCCGCCAUGUAGACGGGCGCACCGGCCCCCACCCGCUCGGCAUAGUUGCCUUUACGGAGCAGACGGUGAACUCGGCCCACCGGGAACUGCAGGCCUGCACGGGAGGAGCGCGAUUUGGCCUUAGCACGAGCUUUACCUCCUUGUUUUCCGCGUCCUGACAUUGCCAAACGGGAAAUGUGCAAAAUCAAGAUUAAGAAAACAGCCCUAGGAAAGCUUUUAUAAGCUUUCUUAGGGGUGGAGUUAGGAGCGAGAUUUUCAUUGGCCCUAAAUCGCUCCACAAACGCCCAAUAAAAUCAAGAGUUCUUCUUACGUAGCUAUUACUGGAAAAGCAAGGCCCACUACUUUGACCAAUAGAAACUAAAUACUUUUGGAGCCCUAAUUUGCAUAAGAUGGUUAUAAAAGGAUCAGGCCCGCCCAUUCUCAACUUCUGUUCUCUGUUGGACAGUGUUGUCUUUUACAAUGCCUGAGCCGGCCAAAUCCGCUCCUGCUCCUAAGAAGGGCUCUAAGAAAGCCGUCACCAAGGCCCAGAAGAAAGAUGGCAAGAAGCGCAAGCGCAGCCGCAAGGAGAG